CGAUCCGGGCGGGGACGCCAACGGCGCGAGCUGCCUGCAGGGGGCGCGCCGGGUCUCCGAGCGGGCCGCGGCCGGGGCCGGAAGUGCCGGGGCGGGGCGGGGGCGGUGCCGCGUCCCCACCACCGCCCCGGGCCGCCUCUCGGGCCCGCCCCCGGGAAUCCCGGAAGAGCGGCGGGCGAGCGGGGGAGGCGGGAAGCCCGGACCCGAGGAGCGCGCCGUCCGGACUGAGCUCCGCCCUGCCCCCCUGCCCGGAGCACCGGGGCCGCGAGCGUGCGGGCGGCCUCCCUCCCGUGGUCCGCCAGGCCCCGCGUGCAGGUCUACGUGCCUCCCUUCCGCUCUCGCCCCCGCAGGAGAGAAAAGCGAGAUGGGAGACUUAAAAUCUGAGGAUAAAAAGAGGGUCCUUCCCACAUGGAUGACAGCCCAGGAGGCCGAGAAGAGAAAGGUUCCAGCGAAGACCCCCAAGGGGAGGAGACGGCCGGCAGCAGCGCAGAGGACUGUUGCAGCAAGGCUUGCCGCGGCGAGGACCGUGUACUGCAUGAGUGAAGCUGAAAUGGUGGAUGUCGCUCUGGGGACCCUGAUUGAGGCCCGGAAACAGGAAAAGCCCUUGGAGCCACUGACCCUGGCAGGUGCUGAUAAACCAGAGCUGUCCCCAACCUGCUCAACGUUGUCACCGAGUUCUGGGAGUAGAAGUGAGGAUGAGGACAAUGGGAAAGACGCCCUUCCUCCAGGCCUCCGCCCUCCUCAGGGGCCCACGGGGUCUGACUCUGCGUGCAGCAGGAGCCCUGAGGAGGACGAGGACAUGUUAAAGUAUGUCAGGGAGAUAUUUUUCAGCUAAGGGACAGACUUCCCAGGACUUCCUUCCCAGGGCGCUGAGGGAAGCCGGCUUCCCUUCCCGGCCUGGGGCCUGGCCGAGGAUGCCGAAGAGGCCCAGUCCUCCCCUCCCUGGGCUGGCAGAUGCACCAAGGAGGGGAAGCCCAGGAGGCUUUGGGCCUUGGGAGCUGUCGCGUUGAGUGUGUGGAAGUGAGGAACCAUAGAAUUUCUCUCUGCGCUGCGCCUCCUCCACUCGGAGGGUCUGGCUUUAUUCACUUCCCAGGUUCAGGGAAAGGUGGACAAGGGGGUCACACUUACUGGAACCGUCGUAGAGUCAACUUAAUAAAUUUGAAAGAAGAAGGAGUAUAGCCGCUAAGUUCACUGGAAUUCCGACAGUCAGCGGGAUCUCUCCCUAAGGAGGAAGCCUGUUUCCAUCCCCCGUGCAGCCCGGGAGGCAGAUGUCCUGCCCACAGGGAUCUGCACUGGAAGGCCU